GAAGCUAAAAAGUUUAAGAAAAACAUUCCUCGAAAAUUCUUCGAAUACGCAAUUAGAAAGCCACAAACUUCCCUCCACUUCAACGGUAGUAUGAUCCAACGCUCUGAAACAUCUAAACAGACAAUUUUCAAAAAUCAAGUCAUACAAAAUCAUUCCGUUAUAAGGCAUUCCCUUGUGUCGAGCAAAAGAAAAAUUCAGUUCUAAGUUGUUUGAAUGGCGUCUGACGGAGCUUUCUUCAACCCUAGCAAGAAGCUCAAGGAAGAUUUUGUGAGUAAUUUGGAUGGAACAUCAUUGCUUGAAAUUGCAUCCAUCUCUGCUAUUGUGCCGGUUUUCAUCCUCCUGCGACAGUGGGAUGUUUUUAACCUCAAAUGGGAUCAAGGUGUAUCUGCCAAGAUUGAGAUAGAGAAGCACAGUAGCACAAACACAGGAUCGAAAGAUUGGAGGAACUACACAUUUAACUUGAUUAUUGACUUUUGUCUCAUUGUGCUACCAGUGCUCUCUUUCUUAACAAUUCUGGCAGAUUGGACAUUUGUUCUUACUGUAUGCCUGGUGCUUCUUGCAUUAUUUAGAAUUUUCUGUACACGGUUUUGGCCUCAUUCUGGGAUUUUAUCCCAAACCAAGAGCGCGUCGACAUCCUAUUGGAAGCAAAGCCUAUCGUCGUCUAGAUUUAUAAUGAUGCUGUUGACAAGCUUGUCAAUCUUGGCUGUGGACUUCAGAAUAUUCCCUAGAAGAUAUGCUAAGACUGAAACUUAUGGUACAGGACUAAUGGAUCUUGGGGUUGGGUCAUUUGUAGUUGCAAAUGCAAUGGUUUCAAGACAGGCACGCGAUAUUUCUAUGAAAGAUGGAGAUGCAAUUAAGAGGGUAGCUCCCCUACUUUUGCUUGGUUUUGCUCGCUCAAUUCUUACAAAAGGGGUUGACUAUCAGGUGCAUGCUGGCGAGUACGGUGUACACUGGAAUUUCUUUUUCACUCUUGCUGCAGUGGUCAUUUUGACAUCUAUGAUCCAUAUUCGUCCUCAAUAUUGUGGCUUCUUUGGAUGUUUGAUACUCGUAGUUUAUCAAGUAGCUCUACUAUGUGGGCUAAAUAAGUACCUUCUCUCAGAUGGGAGGGGUACAAAUAUUUUCAGUCUGAACAAAGAAGGCAUCUUCAGUCUUUUUGGAUAUUGGGGCUUAUACCUUGUUAGUGUCAACAUAGGUUAUCAUCUCUAUUUCCUAAGAAAACCUAUCAGUGCUAGAAUUGUUCGAGUUGAAGGCCAGUCAAGACUACUUAUUGAAGUUUGGCUCCUUUGUGGUUUAUUUUGGGGAUUGACAAUCCUCUUCGAUCAAUUUGUGGAGAAAAUUUCACGUCGCAUGUGCAAUUUCGCAUACACAUCGUUUGUUUUGGCAGUAAAUGCUGAGGUGGUUGGGAUAAUUAUGCUUGCAUAUUUAAUCCCUACAAGGAAACAGUUGGUCAUUGUUGAGGUGUUUAAUCAGAACUUGCUUGCAAGUUUCCUCUUGGCAAAUAUAUUGACAGGGCUUAUAAAUAUUUCGGUGGAAACUCUUUUUGUUUCUCCAUUUGUAGCAUAUUGCAUCCUACUUGCUUAUGCGGUAGCUUUGGUAUCGGGAGUUGCUAUUCUAAAGUUUUGUGAUUUAAAACUAAAAUUCUGAUAUAAGAGUACUUUUUUCUCACUCAAGAAUGAAGGCUUUUAAACCAUUUAAGUCCAAUUCUUUCAGCGGCAAUAAUAAUUUCUCUUAAGAUGUGUAUUUGUGGCAUUGUCAAUAAUGCGUUACAUGCACCAUGUCGAUUCUAAUGUUUGAGUAUUAAGAAAAUUGCAUCUUUGACAUUUUUUUACA